AUGAGUAUUUCCUCCAGUGUAAAACUCCACUAUAAAAGACAGAGUAGUUCUCCAAAGGAAAGUGAUGUUGUACAAAGUAAAACCAGUGUAUAUAAAUCAUCAUCAACCGACGACACAACAACUAUCUUAUCAGAUAAACAAAAACUAGACCGUUCAUCAUCACCUAUGGGAUUCCGUUCGGCUGGAACAACAAAUGCUGCUGCCGCUGCUGCCGCGACCACUACUAAUGAUGUUAAACAAAAUCAAGCUUUGAGAAGUAAAAAGUCACCAAUAAUUAUCCAUGAGAAGAACUCCGAUUUAAAGAAUUUUGAAAAUAAUGUUCCAGAACCUACAAGUUCAAGGAACGCUGUCAUUACUGCUGGUAAUUCAGGUAAUACAAAGACUACUCCGCCGGAUAACAAUAUAAAAACCCUGUCAUAUGGGUUGCCUCAAGCGCAGCCAGCACCAGUGUACUCCUGUCACUGUUGUCCAUCAUUCUAUGCACCGAUAGUCAACUGUGUACCUCCUACAUUUGGACUAAGUCAUCAAUUCCAGAUGAAUCCAUGCUGUUUCUAUAGCAACAUUCCAGCAUACACACACUGUAUACAUGCAUAUAACUUACUCCCAUAUAACUGUUGCCACUAUCGAAAUAGUCAUUCUGCCCAACUCAUAAACUGUGCUUGUAAUCCAUAUUCCCAGUGUUAUAGUCAACGGUGUUUCUAUACACGCCCAUCUCAACCGUCUUAUUUAACAAUGGAAAUUCCACGUGAUGAUUAG